AUGGCGGCCGCCGCAGGUAGAUCGCUCCUGCUGCUCCUCUCCUCCCGGGGCGGCGGCGGGGGCGCCGGCGGCUGCGGGGCGCUGACUGCCGGCUGCUUCCCCGGGCUCGGCGUCAGCCGCCACCGGCAGCACCAGCAGCACUGCGGGAGAAAGGUGCACCAGAGGCUUUCUUCCUGGCCGGAUUUAGGAGUGGUUUAUUGCAGCACUGCUGUGCCCUCUGAUGAUGUGACUGUGGUUUAUCAAAACGGGCUACCUGUGAUAUCUGUCAGACUCCCAUCUCGGCGGGAACGCUGCCAGUUCACACUUAAGCCAAUCUCAGACUCCGUGGGUGUGUUUUUACGACAACUGCAAGAGGAGGAUCGGGGAAUUGACAGAGUUGCAGUUUAUUCACCAGAUGGCGUUCGAGUCGCUGCCUCAACGGGGAUAGACCUUCUCCUCCUUGAUGACUUUAAGCUGGUCAUCAAUGACUUAACGUACCACGUGCGACCACCAAAGAGAGACCUCUUAAGCCAUGAAAAUGCAGCAACGCUGAAUGAUGUCAAGACGCUGGUCCAACAGCUGUACACGACACUGUGCAUUGAGCAGCACCAGCUAAACAAGGAGCGGGAGCUCAUCGAGCGGUUAGAGGAUCUUAAAGAGCAGCUGGCUCCCCUGGAAAAGGUACGAAUGGAAAUCAGCCGAAAAGCUGAGAAGAGAACCACUUUGGUGCUAUGGGGUGGACUUGCCUACAUGGCCACACAGUUUGGCAUUUUGGCCCGGCUUACAUGGUGGGAAUACUCCUGGGACAUCAUGGAGCCUGUCACCUACUUCAUUACUUACGGAAGUGCCAUGGCCAUGUAUGCGUAUUUUGUAAUGACCCGCCAGGAAUAUGUUUAUCCAGAAGCCAGAGACAGACAAUACUUACUAUUUUUCCAUAAAGGAGCCAAAAAGUCACGUUUUGACCUAGAGAAAUAUAAUCAACUCAAGGAUGCAAUUGCUCAGGCAGAAAUGGACCUUAAGAGACUGAGAGACCCAUUACAAGUACAUCUGCCCCUACGACAAAUUGGCGACAAAGACUGA